AUGGAACUCGAAAGUAGACAACAAUAUAUGAUAGAAAAACAAAACGAACUAAAAGAAAAACUAAAACAAUUCAACAAAUGUAGAAAAACAUGGAGUAGAAUCGAUUCUGUUUUCAAAACAUUAAGCACAGAUCUAACAGUAGGGAUAACGGUGGCAACAGCCGUAAUCGGUGGAUUAAUGCUUCCAAUAAUUGUCCCAACUGUAUUAGCCGCGUUCACUGCCGUUCAAACUUCAUCUUGUGGAUUUAUUACUUUAAGUUUUACAUCAAAAAAGAAAGCUUAUUGUUUUAAUACCAAAACUUUUGUCAAUUUCUUCACUAGAGUGGAUAAUAAAUCGGAUGCUUCUGAUUGGUAUUUCACAGGAAAAAUGAUUUUACGUAAAAACAAUUUCAAAGAAAUAAAAAGAUCAAAAAAAGGUAGUGGUGUUACCCUACUCAAAAAGAUAAAUGAAUAUAUCGGUAUAAAUUGUUAUAUACCGAGCGAUGGAUACUGCUUUGUAAAGUGCGUUAAUCGUGUUUUAAACGAAGACUACACGAGAGAAUUUCAAGAUUUCAUCAACAGUUUUUCAAAAUCAAACAGAAAAGGAGUUAUGACAACUGCUAGAAUCUUCGAAUUCAAUAAGAAAUUUAAUACUAAUUUUCAAAUUUAUAUGCCCAAACAUAGACAUUUUCAACCAAAGAAAGUAUCCGAGGAAUUAGAUUGGGUAUUUUACUUACAUAAAUCACAUUUCUGUCUCAUUAGAAGAAAUAACAAAACUUUAGGCAUUAAAGAAAUAGAAGAUGAUUACGAUGAAAACGUAUGGAGAACUUGUAGAGAUGAUAAUGCGAUAACGCAAGUUUCACCUCUAAAACUAAACGUUUUUCCAACCAUUCCCGAUGAUUGUUUAUACGCGUGGGAUUGCGACACCUAUAACGAAAAUAAAGCCAUACCUUAUUCUUGCACGUUAAUUAAUUUAGAAAAACUAAGAAAAAUGUUAGACAGAAUAAAUAAUCUCUUUCCAGAUUUAAAGCCGACAGAUCCCAUUCCAGAAGAAUAUAUAAUAAAUUAA